AAAUGCGUGCUUUUAUUGUCUUGUGUUUGGUGGCUGUUGCCUGUGCCGAUAAAUUGGGCUACAACUAUAAACCUGUUGACCACUCCACUUCAGGAUUAUCAUUCAAACCUGGUGUAGUCAGCGGCGGUGACUACUUUUACCCUGGCGAUGAUAUUACAAACUUGCGCGAGCUUACCCAAACAGGAACUGUUGGCGGUGGUAACUUGGUUGGUGGUGUAGUGAGCGGCGGUGAUAUUCUUAACAUUAAAGGUGGAGUUAAUGCUGGUACCACCUACACUGCCCCCGCCGAAUUGGAAAAGGAGUUCUACACUUUCACCGCUCCUGAAGCUGAAUUUGUUGAUGCCGAUGCUGCUCAACGCGUUGCCGGUAGCUUGAAACAAGGUCUCCGUGUCAUCUUCAUCAAGGGCCCCGAAAACAAUGGUUUGGAAAAUGCUGCCUUGGCUUUGGCCAAACAAGCUGCCCAACAAGAAACCGCCAUCUAUGUCCUCAACAAACAAGCCGACCUCAACAGCUUGGCCAACAAACUUAACACCAUCAACUCAGGCAAUAACCAGAAACCCCAAGUCCACUUCGUCAAAUAUCGCACCCCUGAAGAUGCCGCCAAUGCCCAACGUGCCAUCCAAAGCCAAUACGAAUUCUUGGGCGGUCGCUCCCUCAGUGUCAACGGUGGUGUUGCUCCCGUUCUUAACUUCGCUUCUCAGACUACUGUUGACGUGCGAACUUCCCCCGCCCAAGUGCCAGAGAAAUCAUACUUGCCCAGCUCCAUCUUCCGUCGCGUCUAAAUUCAUUAGUUUGUUAUAGUUAAUGCUAAUUUAGGACCAUU